AUGUCUACGAAAGAAGGGAACUGUAACUGCAAAAGAGAAAGCAAUGAGGCAUGUAGUUCGACAGAUAAGAGGAAAAAAAUGAAAGCCAACAAGUCAACCGCUCCUAAAGAUAUUGCUGAUACACCUCGCCUAAAAAGAAGAACCUUACCACUACUUGAAAACAAUAGAAGUAAAGAAAAUAUCCUUUGUAAUACCAAGAAAUCUUUAGGUCAUGGUAGAGGUGAAGUCUACAACAAGAAAAGUAGCGACUACAGAAAUGCAAAUAGACCACACAGAAAUCCAGAAGAAGUUGCACCAAGUGAGACACAUUCAGCAGU